CGUCUUUCGCUUGAUAAGUUGAUUGAUAAAUGAUGAUUGAUUAAUUAAUUAUACUUUACCAGCACUAAUAUCAAUUUUAUUGGGUGUUACUAGUGUUUUUACUUUUUAUUGAAUGAAUUUGUAUCAUUAUUUCUAUUCAAAAUUCCUUCAUUGGUCGAUUUUGAAAAAACUAUAACUGUUAUAAACACUAAACAGGGCUCGGAUUUUUUCCCCGCAAAAUUAGUGGGACUGGCAUAAUUUUUUCGUCCCAUAUUGAUUUUCUUUGUAAAACAAUACCCAUAUCGUUGGAGAAUAAAUAUUUUUACGUUUUAGGGCAUAUUUUGGCAUUUUUUAGGGAAUAUUUCAGCGUCUAUUUAGGGUUUUUUAGGGAAAAAAUAUUUGAGCUCUGAUUAUAAAAUAGUUGUUCUUGUUCCUGGAAAUAAUUUCCAGAAGUUCCAACAAUUACCUAAUUCAACGAAAUGGUAAAUGGGUUUCAGUUUUCAACUCCAAACUCGUAAUUCAUGAUUGUAGGAAAGAUUAUUGAUUAUUCAGCUAUAGAUUAAAUUUUAAAAUUUUCAGUUUUGUACCAAGACGUAAGUCGAAUUUGUUGGAGCUCGAAAUUGAUUCCAUUUUUUGGGAAUCCGUUCAAAGUUUUGAAGUUGGAUUGGUUUUUCUUUCAAAAUUAAAAAUAAAAUUUCUCUUUAAAUUGAUCAUAAUUUUCUUUUCAAAAACAAUUAAAUUAAAAUUGAAUUAAUUAUACAGUGGUGUAGGAAGUUGGUAUGGGACACAAUGACAGAACUUGGAAAAUUUUUCAUUCAAAAUCAGGGAUGGAAGAGCCGGGAGCGAGCCAGAGCCAGAGUCUGAAAGAGUCGAAUUUUUUGAGGAGCUAGAGCCAGAGCCAGGAGCCAAAUAAAUGAAAGUGCAGAAAAACAUCAAGAGCUCUCUUGCAAAAGAGCUCCUUAUUUUACUCAAGAGAGCCAUCAUCAUAAGGAGUCUUUAACCUGGAAAGAGCCAGAGCCGAGUGGGAGCCCACAAAAUUUUUCAGGCUCUUUGGCUCCCAAAAAGUAGAAAAAAAAGUAAAAAAAUGUGCAAAAUUUCAUCAAAAAUUCAACUUUUAACUCACAUUUGUGAAGAAAAUGAAAAAUUUCUACGUUUGUUUUCUCAUUGAGAAAUAAAAUGAAAAUAAAUGCAGUAUAUUUUUAUUUUUUUCAUCAUUUUUCACGAAUUUUAUAUUCUAAUUUAAAGAGCCAAGAGCCAGAGCUGGAGCUGGAGUGGGAGCCGAGAAAUUGGAAGAGGGAGCUGAGAGUCAAAGAGUGGAGCCAGAAGGAAUUGAGGAGCGAGCAAGGAGCCAAAGAGCACAUGUAAAGAAAAAGGGCCAAGAGCCAAGAGCGAGCCAGAGCCAAAACUUGUGGGGAGCUGAGCCAGAGCCAAGAGCUGGAGCCCUGAAUUCAGGGCUCUUCCAUCCCUGUUCAAAAUAUAAAUAUGAAACCGAAUGAGUGAAAACUGACUGAAGUGAAAAGUGAUGAUUUGAUGAACGACUGACUGAUUCAUUUCAAGUUUGGACUGGGAGUCGGUGAAUCCAGCACGACCCUUAUUCAUUGAACCAUUGUGUAGUAUUUUUGGUGAUGUUCGGUGUUUAUUUAGACAUUUCCGAAUAAUUUCAACGGAAUCAGGAACAUUUGAAAAGUUCUCAUUCAGAUUGGAUUCAAAUACUACCGUUUCAGUCUUGAGUUUGCGUUAUGUGGCAUUUAUCAGUAUUCAAAUGAAUAGUACCUAAUCGAAAUGGCCCCAGUGGUACGCAUUCCUGAUUUGAAAGAAAUCGCAUCUGUACGCGCAGUAAUUGCUUUAUGGAACAAUGUAGAUAUUUCGUGCAUUGUGUGGGCAGAUAGUAUACACGGUGAAGAAUCUGUACAUACUGUACACGAAGAUGUUUUGAGCUCAUUAGCUGAAUUGGAAGUUCCUCAGUGCAUUGCAGAAUUUCUAAAGACAUACGUCCAAAAAGUGAAAGAAGAACUGAACAAAUGGGUUGAUUAUCAUUCAAACGAAAUUCUUCAUCCUAAUGGAGAGAAGAACGAAUUGUAUUGUGAAAUCAACAACAUAAUUUGGUAUUCAGAUGGCACGAUAAAUUAUAAAGCAACGGCUAAAAAUUUGUUGAAUUCGCUCAGGUUGAGUGAAAUUGAAAAAUAUCACAUUUUGUGUUGGUAUUGUUUGGAAGAUGAAAUUGAUCGUUUAUCACCGUUGUUGUUUACGAAGAACAUCGUUGAUCAUCUUGACUUUGAUUCCUAUGACGAUAGUUUAAUUUUGUAUUGGAAUAAUUAUUUCAGAUACAAUAACCGUGAUUACAAAGACGUUGACAUGUUACGACAUCUGAAUGUGAAAUGGCCCGCUAAAGAGUAUUUCUUCGAUCGAUUAAAUGCGGAAGAACAAGUUGAGAAUGUCAUUUGGUUACUUGAUGAAGACAAGACAAUUUACUUAUACCUGAAACAAUUAUUGAUGAAAUUGAACGAGCACCAAUUGCAGCAAGUUUAUGUGAAUCGGUCUGUGCAGAUAAUUAAUACAUUCUUGCGUUCUCAAGACGGCGUUCAAGAAAUUCUUCCAACGUGGUACGAUGUUCGCUAUUUAAUCACGCAAGAUCAGUUUGUAUCCAUACUUACAAGUUUGCUAGGCUAUACAUAUCGUCCUGUUCCUGGUGCCAUAUUGACGGAAAUCUGGUCAAGCGCUGGCAAUGACUUCAGAUUUCAUAUACUAAACCAUCACGAACGCGUAACUUUCGAAAAAACAAUGAGCUGGUUUAAAGAAGUUGAAGACGGCAGUUUUUUAAACACGCUGCUGCAACAUGCGAAUCCAAAUCUCAUACAAGAAAUCAUUACGAGGCCAUUUUUCAAAAAACUUUGCGAAGAUUUGAUCUCCCGUCAACAAUUAUCGACGCUGGAACGUUUGUUUGAUGCGUGGUCCGUAAGUGGCCAUCAUUUGAUUCAGUUUAAACACGAUUUUACGAAGACUACAUUUUUUACAACUUUUUGCAAGUCAUUGUUGAAUUAUGAGAUCUUUCGAGAAAAAAUGAAAAUUUUUCAACGAAAGUUACAAGUUCUGGAACGAUUGUGGAACAUCUGGUUGUCUAGUGUUGAAGAAGUAACCAGAUUCAAGCGAUAUUUCACCGAGGAUGAUUCGUUUCGAGAUUGUUGCGAAAAAAUGUUGAAGUAUGGGAAAUUAUCCAAAUUAGAAUCGAUAUUGAACUUAUGCCUCCCAGAUGAUGGAGAAUUUGAACGAAAUUUGGCUAAAAAUGCCAAUUAUCUGUACGAACAUUGCAGAAAACUUAUUCUUUUUCAAAAUUUUGAAACUCUCGAACAAAUGUUGAAGAUAUGCUUUUGCAAUGUUGAUGCAUUGGUUGAAUUUCAAAACAAUCUUACGAAGAAAGAGUUUUUCGAAGAAUCCUGUAGAGAAUCGAUUAUUUACAAUAACUUCCAAGUUCUUGAGCGUAUGUUCAAUUGUUGUCUUCGUGUUAAUACCGUUGAAACAGCAAGAUUUAAACAAGACGUUUUUAGAAACUGGUUUUCCAAACACUAUCAGUUUGCACAUAAUUUCUGGGAAUCUUCGCAAUCUUCAAAUUUCUUGGAAUCGAAUGGCUUUCUUAAUCUAUGCUUUCCUAAAUCCUCAGAUCGUGAACAGUUCUUACAAGAUUUGAAAAGAGAGAUCAUUUUUUCGCCUGAAACAGUCAAACACUUUCAACAAAUGAUACUCAUUGGCGAAGCGUUCAACAAGCUGAAAGAACAUAUCGAAGAAUUUCUUCCAUUAGCCGAAGACCAGCGUACGAUAAGAAAGCAAUUAAUCGAAAAUUUGCAACCGAAAAUCACUGAAAUUUUCUGCAAAUACGGUCUCUCCGGUUGGAAGUCUUUAAUGCAUUGGUAUUUAGAAGAUGAAAAAGCGGUACUGAAGUUGAAACUGAAAUUAUCAAUUGAUGAGAUUUUCGAACACUCAUUUAAGGAAUGUAUUUUUCAAACGUACGAUGAACUUCAUAGAGCCCACCGUUGUACUUUGAGAAGGAAUUUUGUAUUCGAUUCCUUAGAUCGAAUUUUGAAUUGGUAUUUUGAAUCGCCGAAGGAAGUAAAAGAAUACAAAGUACAAAAAAUUAAUUCUUAUGAGAAUUCCAAAACAUUCGACACGUUGUUGAAGAAGAACUGCCACUCGUCUUAUAGAUUAAAAUUGAUAAAUUGGUUUUUUGAAAACGACUCCACUGAAAUGGCUAAAUUCAAGAAGAAGCACAAAGGAGGGCCGCUGGCCAAUAUGAUUAGACUUAAUAGUCGUGAAAGUUAUUUCAAAAAUAAUAGACGAACGUUGUAGCUGAAUGAGUACUAUCUUAUAAACGAUUUUAAAUGUUUAUUUUAUUGCUUUUUUAUUUAUGUGAGUUACGUGCCUUUGUAUGAAUUAUCAAUAAUCUUAUAGGUAGUACCUUAGAGAUUGAAAUUCAAUGUUAUGUUAAUUUUAAUUUGUAUAAUUUUUUGAACGUGCUUAUCUUACCUACUUAUUUUGGGGUUUGAAUUUGAGUACGAUUUUUAUGUUCUAUUUUUAUUAUUUAAAAUACUUACACCUAUUCGUUUCAUACCCUCAUAGAUUUACUUGAAGUUGAAUUAUGUAUGUAUCUACCUACUUCAAAGUCGAAUACAUAUUUUCGAAAACGUUGAGGAGACGUUUUAAAAAUACUUUUGUUUUUGUAAUUGUUGGGUUUAGGAAUUGAAUUUUUUAAAAAGGUAUAUUAUUUUGAGAAAUUAUGUACAUAUAAAUAAAAUUAUAUUUUUUAUCUGAAA